AUGGAUGGACCUUCGAGUGUUGACGCUGCGAAUUCCAACCUUCAGCUCACUUCUUUCUUUCAUGUCGCCUCAAACUCGCAUUCGUUAACCUCUCUCUGUCGGCCGAAACACCAUGAGAUCUUUACAACUCUCGCAAUCAUGACCGCUCGCGAAGAUACCGUCCUACCCCCCAUCGAUCCCUCCAUCACCGACGAGAAUGACUGGCCGGACUUCGAUCUGACCGAUGUGAAGGUCCUGCGGCCGGGGAAGAUGCUAUAUGCGAACCUUCUUGAGGCCACAGAAGAGAAUCCGGUCCAAGUGAUAGGCUGUCUGGAGCUUCGGGAAGACCAGGAACACUUGGUUCUCAACCCGGACUCAACCUCGAAUCGCGUGAUAAUCGACGAUGUCACCCACUUCGCAUAUGGGCAGACCGAGGACCGCAGUGUUGAGCUGUGGGUGGCGGGCAAGGCUGGCUGGUACAAAAUCUCACCGGCCAAGGGCUACCAGCCCACCUUCAAUCGGAUGGUCCAGGGAGUGGACAUGCUUUAUUUCCUGUUGGACCGGCAUCAUCAUGGGAAAAAGCAGCUCAACCCAACCUUUAAGAACCUUUGUGAGCAGUAUACAUUUCACACGCACGGGGACUGUGAGACGAGAGAACAGUCGGCGGAAGUUUUUGCGGGGCAUGCAUCGUUUUUGCUCCGCUGUAUGAUCGAAGGGGACGACGAUGAAGGUGUCAACUGGAAGAAGACAAAUGUAUUCGUGCACCUCCGUCGCCAAUUCGGAGAUAUUUACAAAAAAAUCAUGGACGAACGAUCACCUGCCAAAUCCGAGGACGAGGAAGAAGAAGAACAAGAAGAGGAGAACGAUGCGGUUGUAUCCACACCUCGGCAUGACCCAGCAGCGAUUGCAAGAUCUCAAGUGGAAGCUGUCUACCAAUUGAUUGGGGAAUUGAAAGAAGAGGGCCAUUUAGCCAAGCGCCGGCUGCAUCUUGACCUGCUGACAGAGCGCCUGUCGGAUCGGUACUCGUUCAGUAAAGAGAAUGCAAGCAAGAUUAUUGCUGCCAGGGCCAGCGCUGUUCUCGAGAAGCUGGACGAAGAAGACACUCCAAGUUUUAGAUGGUCCCGCUACGUUAUCUACCGAGAACUCAAGCAUGCUUCGAGCCAACUUGACCCUCUACCACCCGCCCUCCUCACACCUUUGCAAUCCAUUGACGACUCAAGUGACGAUGAGUAUCUAGGGCAUACCCAAAAGUCUGUGCUCCGGCCUAAAAUGAACUCCGCGGUAUCUGCGAAAGUCAUGGGCAAGCGACAUCGCAAAAUCAUUGACCAGCCGACUGCGGAGUCCGAUGAAGAUGAUGACGAAGACGAUGAAAUGGAGGGUGUCGAGACGCCCAGUAAGACCCGCGGCCACGAGCUGAUUAGAACCCCUCUUGCUUCUGCAAAGUCUCGACACCAUUCUAUUCUUUCCGAUUCAGGGUCCGCUGCCGCAUCUCUCUUGAAGACCGUGCUGUCAUCUGAACCUCCGUCGACAUCAAGUUUUCUUUCUCGUGGGACAAACGGAAUGGUAGAAGUACCUGAAAUGCACCCUCUUGCCGAACUCAACAAAAUAUCCAACAUAUGGUCAUGUCGCAUGCCUGGGUGCUCGAAGACCAUCUCUACCAAAGGCACGGAGCGCAAGAAAGACAUCGAGGCCCAUGCCCUCGAGCACGACUGGAACACACAGAUGCGAGUCGAGCUGGUCGAGUCCGAGCGACGCAUGCACUCCGCCUUACCUGUCGGAAACCUCAUGCAAUACCUGGUUGGCCAGCACUAUGGACAAAUGCGCGCUGCGUUCCCUGAAUUAUAUCCUGAACAGAAACAAAAUGGUCACGAGAAUGGAGCCAUUGAACACCCCGAAAACCCCAAUGGCGGCGAACAUAUAUCGACCCCAUCAGCCCAGAGGUCUGUAGACCCUGAUGAACAAAGCAUGAAUGGACACACCACCUGA